AACGACUUGACCAGGAGACAGCGCGGCAGGAGAAUAGAUGGAGGGCUCUUCAACAUCAGUUCACACUUCUUCAGGAAGAGGUACAUACGAGAAAUACACCAACCAAUGUUCAUCCUUCUGGGCUUCAAUAUACACCGUCAAAUCAAGGGAGUGAGCAGGUAGUUGCUCUAGGCUCACCAUCCGUUGUUGGUCAAGUCGUAGAACACACAAGGGCUAUGACAGAGCCGCAUCUACAGCCGCUUAACGAAGACGAUGAUGUGGAGCAUUUUCUUACGACUUUUGAGCGGAUAGCUGCUGCAUGCCGAUGGCCGAGAUCGGAUUGGGCUGUGAGGUUAGUGCCGUUACUUACUGGCAAAGCCCGUAGUGCUUAUGUGAACAUGGAUAUUAACGAAUCUCUCGUCUAUGAUGAAGUGAAAGUAGCAGUUUUAAAGAAAUAUGAUAUUAAUCCUGAGUCCUAUCGUUUGAGGUUUCGGUCCACAGAUGUGAGAGCGGAUGAGACUCCUAAGGAGCUAUAUGGGCGCCUUAAGGACACUUUUAACAAGUGGAUUCAGCCACAGAAUCGGAGUAAGGAGGAAGUUGCCGAGGUGAUUAUCUUGGAGCAAUAUCUUAGGGUGCUUGCUCCAGAGCUUCAAACAUGGGUAAAAGAGCAUAACCCGGAGUCAGCAGCAAAGGCUGCAGAGCUCGCAGAUGUGUUUGUCGCAGCACGAAGACAAGGUCAACCCUGGUCUUACAAUCAAUGGAAAACAUUCAAAGACCCCAAAAGAACUAGUAAAAGAUCUGUAUCACCCCUGAAGACAAGUAUGAUGGGUGGUAAGUUUGUGGGUGAUAAUGGUGGUCUUGGUGGGAAACUGAGUGCUAAUAGUAAAACUAUUGUGUGCUAUCAGUGUGGACAGGAGGGGCACACUAAGCCUAGGUGCCCUAAUAGACCUUCCACACAGGCAAAUUUGUGUGGAGUACCUAGACCUGAUGACCCUACUUGUAUAGCAAAGAUUUCCUUGCAUCAUGUGACUGUGGGUUUGAAUGGACAGGAAGUAAGUGCAAUGGUGGACACUGGAAGUAUGCAGACAUUGGUCAAAGCAGAGUUAGUUCCAGUCCAUCUGUGGAACCUAAGAUCUCCAGUGGCAAUUAAAUGUGUUCAUGGUGACGAAAAGUACUAUCCUACAGCUGAUGUUUAUCUAAAGGUGCAUGGACAGUCUUUUUUUGUUGGAAGUAGGCCUUUUACCUGAGUUGCCAUACCCUAUGGUGCUGGGUCAAGAUCUGCUUGUUUUGUUCGAUCUCCUUCCUUUGCAGAGUUGCAAUGCAGCUAUAACCCGGGCGAUGGCCAAAAGUAGUGAGGAGGAGGUAGGAUUACUAGGAGCUUUACCUUUUUUUGAGGCAGAACUUGAAGCAGGGCCAGGGAAGACACGGAAGUCCAGGAGUCAGAGGAAAGCGUGAAAAGUUUAGACAUGCAGUGGUAAGUGAAGGGGAACCUGCCCCUGAGAACACAUUGGGCUAUAAAAUACCUCAAGACAUAGUACAAUUGCAGAAAAAUGACAAUUUAGUCGGUCCCCUGUACAAGUGGGUGGAGGAGAGAUCACGGGCAGGCCAGCCAGAGGUGGAAAGUAG